UCUCUCUCUCUCUCUCUCUCUCUCUCUCUGUGGGUGCGUGCCUGCGAAGAUCAGCUCUCCGCGGGCGCUUGAAUUGUGAAGCUGCAGGCUGCUGGGGGGGAGGAAACUCUGCUCGAGGAAAACUCUAGUUUCCAUUCGUCUGCUUCUUCUACGGCUCUUGCGAAAGAUUUCUACAUCCGCGCGUUCCUUUUACUUAAAAGAUCUGAUUUUUUUUUGUCUCGAAUCACCCCCACCUUGUUUGUGUUGCAGGGUCCUUUUUAUUUUGUGUUGUGAGAGGUUUCUCGCUCCGUUCGCAAGAACUUUCCCUUCGCUCCCCCUCCCCCCCCCCCCCCAAUUACGUAAUUCGAAUAUAACCGGAUUCUCGCUUUCGAUUUUCUUACCCGUUAUUUUCUGUAUAUUACCUUUCUUGUGCUUCCCUUUUUUUGUUGGUGUUUGUGUAGUAUGGAUGCGGGAUCAUCUGCGCACUCUUCAUCGAACAUGAAGACGCAAUCUCGCUGCCCGCUUCAAGAACAGUUUCUGCAGAGGAGGAAUUCUCGAGAAAACCUGGACAGAUUUAUACCGAAUCGGUCGGCCAUGGAUUUCGAUUAUGCGCACUACAUGCUGACCGAAGGCAGGAAGGGGAAGGAGAAUCCGGCGGUGAGUUCUCCGUCGAGAGAGGCCUACCGGAAGCAACUGGCGGAAACGCUCAACAUGAACCGGACUCGAAUCCUCGCUUUCAAGAACAAACCCCCAACCCCCGUGGAGUUGAUUCCGCACGAAUUCACUUCUGCUCAGCCUGCCAAGCCAACGAAACCCCGCCGAUACAUUCCUCAGACCUCAGAGAGGACACUGGAUGCUCCUGACCUUGUGGACGACUACUACCUGAACUUGUUGGACUGGGGAAGCAGCAAUAAACUUUCAAUUGCCCUGGGGAGUACAGUUUAUAUCUGGAAUGCUUCAGAUGGCUCUACCUCAGAACUCGUCACCAUCGACGACGAAAGCGGCCCAGUUACCAGUGUCAGCUGGGCCCCAGAUGGUCGCCACAUUGCUGUCGGCUUGAACAAUUCUGAAGUACAGCUAUGGGAUUCUGCUGAUAAUAGACUGCUAAGGACUUUGAGAGGUGGCCACAGAUCUCGGGUAGGGUCUCUGGCAUGGAACAAUCACAUCCUUACAACAGGAGGAAUGGAUGGACAGAUCGUCAACAAUGAUGUGAGAGUGAGAUCUCACAUUGUUGAGACCUACAGGGGUCACACCCAGGAGGUUUGUGGGUUGAAAUGGUCAGCAUCAGGACAGCAAUUGGCUAGUGGAGGGAAUGAUAACAUCCUCCACAUUUGGGACAGGUCCGUGGCAUCUUCCAAUUCACCCACCCAGUGGCUUCACCGGUUGGAAGAGCACACAGCUGCUGUUAAAGCCCUCGCCUGGUGUCCCUUCCAGGGGAAUUUGCUGGCUUCCGGUGGAGGUGGUGGUGAUCGGUCCAUAAAGUUUUGGAACACCCACACGGGUGCGUGCUUGAACUCUGUGGAUACCGGUUCCCAGGUCUGUUCUCUGCUAUGGAACAAGAAUGAGAGAGAGUUGCUUAGCUCUCAUGGAUUCACUCAGAAUCAGCUCACCCUCUGGAAGUACCCUUCGAUGGUAAAGAUUGCAGAGCUGACUGGUCAUACUUCCAGAGUGCUUUUCAUGGCCCAGAGUCCGGAUGGUUGCACUGUAGCAUCGGCAGCAGGGGAUGAAACACUGAGGUUUUGGAAUGUGUUUGGUGUUCCGGAAGUGGCUAAACCAGCUCCAAAAGCUAAUCCGGAGCCUUUUGCUCACUUGAAUCGCAUUCGCUGAAUGAAAAGUCACCACUGCUGGUCAUGUCUAACGUUUGAUCUUCAGUGUCCUAGCUACAGUUUGUGAUUACUUACAAGCACUUAAAAGAUGCCAGACAAUGGGAUUCACAAGACAAGAAGACCAUCACAUUGUCUAAGUACUGUGAAUAGUUGAAGACAAAAUAUAUGCGCCUAUACAAACCAUAGUAGAAGUUGCCGUGAGUGUGGGAGAGUGUACAUUUGUACAUUUUAUAGUCAAACUAAUGUCAAACGUAAUUUUUUUUUCCAAAGGAUGUAGUCACUGAUGCGUGACCUGCCAUGUAUAUUUUUUUGUGAACUCAAAUUUUGACCAUUGUCA